CAGACUUGAUUCAAUAGAGAGUUGAAUUCCCGUAUGCCAUGCGAUCUCUCGCCCUGGUCCGCCUGCUCGCGCUGGGUGCGAUGCUGCAGGCCAGGGCUCGCGGGUGGGCGUCUACCCUCCAGAACUACGUCAUCGUGACUCCCGUCUACAACACUGUGCACGUUCGCUCACAAUGUGCCUGUGAAGCGCAGUGCCGUACGAACGACACCUGCACGGCCGUGACUUACGAUGCCGUGAGCGACGUCUGCUUCCUCAGCAACGCAACUGGGAGCUCCUUGACGACGCGGCACCUGCUCGAGGCGGUCACCUACACCAAGUUCUCGUACGUUCCCGCCCCAACUGACAUGUUCCUGGCGAGCACUUGGUCGAAGAACGGAACUCGCGCCAAUCAGGUGAAGAUCUGCGCCGAGGAGAACGGAAUCCCGCUCAUCAUCCGCACGACAUCGGAGCUGGAAACUGCGAAGCAGCUGAUUGACGCUUAUGGACACUUUGGAGUUUUUGGAAAUUAUGCAUUCAUGUCCGCACGCGAUGAGGAAGGCAACCGCGAUCUCAUGUGGCCCGACGGAACCAAAGUCUUUGGUUCGGUCUUCUCACCAGCAUCCAUGACUGGGGGUAGCGGUCCUGCCAUGGUGCUCAAGGCAAACGGACAAGUGGAGCCAAACCUUGACGAAAAAGAGUAA